AUUUCAUUUUUAUGUAUAAGAGUGCUUCUCAGCUGCCCUAUGGCAAAGCUCUCUACACGUAUGAGGGAAAAGAGCCCGGAGACCUCAAGUUCAACAAGGGGGAUAUCAUCAUACUGCGGCGCAAGGUGGACGAGAACUGGUACCACGGGGAGCUCAAUGGAAACCACGGCUUCUUCCCCGCCAGCUACAUCCAGUGUAUCAAGCCCCUCCCGCAAGCUCCACCUCAGGGCAAAGCACUUUACGACUUUGAAAUAAAGGAUAAAGAUCAAGACAAGGACUGCCUGACCUUUACCAAGGAUGAAAUUUUGACGGUCAUCAGGAGGGUAGAUGACAACUGGGCAGAAGGAAUGCUGGGAGACAAGAUUGGCAUUUUCCCAAUUCUCUAUGUUGAGCUCAACGAAUCAGCUAAACAACUUAUUGAGAUGGACAAGACAUGCUUAGCUGCCGCGUCUGGCUGUGAUGUCCCUUUGCCAUCUGACACCACCAUGGCAGUCAAUUUGGCGCAGUGCUCUACCUUAAACAGUACAGGAGCGGUCAGUGCCAUCCAGAGGCACAUUGAGGGCAAGAAGAAUGCCAAGAAACGCCACUCCUUCACUGCUCUCAGUAUGACACACAAAUCCUCCCAGGCCAUGAGUAACAGGCACUCCAUGGAAAUUAGCGCUCCCGUUUUGAUCAGCUCUAGCGACCCGCGAGCUGCUGCCAGAAUUGGAGAGUUGACUCAUCUUUCAUCCAGUGCUCCAGCCCAGGAUUCCUCUUCGGCUGGAACAGCCACGGUGGCUGGUCCCAGGACAAGUGCAAUAAUUGGAGAUCAGGGAACACCACCGAAGGUCCAGCUCCCCCUCAAUAUCUACCUAGCUCUGUACGCCUACAAGCCUCAGAAAAAUGAUGAGCUGGAGCUCCGCAAAGGUGAGAUGUACCGGGUCAUUGAGAAGUGUCAAGAUGGCUGGUUCAAGGGCACGUCUCUGAGAAGUGGGAUGUCCGGAGUCUUCCCAGGCAACUACGUGACUCCCGUUUCCAGAGUGCCUGUGGGAGCCGGGCAGCCCCGCAACAGCGGAGCCGGGGGAGCUCAGGCAACGAAAGCGGCCCCAGGAGCCAUCCACCCUGGAGGGGCAAGUCACACGAACGCCGCCACGGCUGUCAGGCCGGUUGUUCCUAUCACUGCGCCUCCGACUCAUCCCCAGCUCCAGGCAGCCUCGCCGCAGCUGAGUAACUGCUUGAGGUAUUCGGCUCAACAGCCAGCCGGCCAGACACGCAACGCGAUGCAGAUGGCUCACCCACCAGCGCAAGCCCCGGAGCGGCCGACGAAGGAGAAGAAGAGUGGGCUGUUGAAACUUCUAGCAGGAGCAUCAACGAAAAAGAAGUCGCGCUCACCACCAUCUGUGUCCCCCACACAUGACGCCCAGGCGGCCAUCGAAGGAGUCUUGCAAGGGGCAGUGGGACCUGAACUCUCCUCCCUCUCCAGCCACGGCAGGGCCGGCUCAUGCCCAAUCGAGAGUGAAAUGCAGGGAGCUAUGGGGUUGGAGCCUCUGCACAGGAAAACAGGCUCCUUGGAUUUGAAUUUUUCCGUCUCUUCUCCUGCCAGGCAACCCCUCUCUUCCAUGGCAGCUAUCCGCCCAGAUCCCAAGCCUUUGCCCCGGGAAAGGUACCGUGUUGUGGUUCCCUACCCACCACAGAGCGAGGCCGAGAUCGAACUGAAAGAAGGUGACAUUGUAUUUGUGCACAAGAAAAGGGAGGACGGCUGGUAUAAAGGGACAUUACAGAGGAACGGCAGGACGGGCCUUUUCCCCGGGAGCUUCGUGGAGAGCUUCUGA